AAAUUUGUCACAUCAGUUUCAGGUCAAUGCCAAGACGACAAAGACAUUUUUAUGAAGCAAGGUUUUCGUCUCCACGGACAUGUGCUUGAAGCGUUCUGGGCACAGACAGUGGCUCUUUGCAGGAUCAAAUGCUACCUUGAGAAAAGGUGUUCAACAUACAAUUACGAAAGCGCAACACAACGCUGUGAGUUGAACAAAGCUGUCAUCUCUUCACAAUGGAAAGACCUUCGACGGAAUCAAGGCUUUGUCUACGUCGAUAUGAAGAAAACUACUACGACUCCAGUCGACCAAGUUCUAUGCAAGCAGUCUGUGGCUGUUGGAAUCCAAAACAAUUCCAUUAUCUCAAAAUACUACUUUACGAUAGAUAAGGAUUCGUACUAUGGAGAUCAGGCGAGACUUAACGGCCCGGGAGGCUGGUAUUCAAACAACAGGAACAAAUACCAUUGGCUAAAAAUAAAUCUUGGCAAGAUUGCAAUGAUAACCCGUAUUGCAACACAAGGUCAUCAUAAGUAUCACCAAUGGGUUACAUCGUACAGUCUCGCUACCAGCACCAAUGGUAGCACCCCUUAUACAUCAUACAACAAUGGACAAGUAUUCCCAGCAAACAAAGAUGCAAACACUAUUGURUACAACGAUCUUAAACCAGCCAUUAAAGCAAGAUAUGUGAAAGUGUAUCCCAAGACAUGGCGCAAAGCAGUAGGAUUGAGGAUGGAGAUUUAUGAAUGUAAAGAAUACGAAGGGAAAGGAAGACUAGUGAUCAUGACCAUCACACACUUCAUCACCAGACUCAUUGGAGAAACUAAGUCCUAA